GCCCCCGAGCCGCCCUCCCCUCGGCUCCCGGCCCCGGGCAAAAGCGUCAACAAAUGCUCGUUGAAUAAAUGCAACUGAAGGGCCGGCGUGGAGGCCAAAGCCCUCUAGACUCCCUCGGCGGGCGUGCCCGCCCACCCCCUUCCACUUCCAGGUCGGGGAGGUGUGUCCAGGGAGAGGAGGAAGCAAACUCCGCCGGCGCUCGCCCGCCGGCCGCGAGCCCUGAGCAGGCAGGCCCCGUUCACGUUCCGGGAGUCCCCAGCCCGGCAGCGCCUCUUUAGGAAAUCACCCAGUCUUGGCUGUGCCCCGCCUUCAUUCACUCCCUGAUUAGCUCCCUGCACUUGUAGAGAUUGGAAAAUACUGCAGAGAGGAAAGGGCUGUCAAAAGCAACAAGGCUCACUCCCCGCGGGGCCUCCCGGAGAAGGGUCAUUUCUUGUCUUCUUACAUCGGCUGCCAAAAUCAGUUAAUUUGCUCCCAUCCCAGAGCUUCAGUUGUUGUUUCACUCCCGGUUCUGCAAGCACACUGGGCGACUAGGAGUUAUGGAGAAGCGCCUGCAGGAGGCUCAGCUGUACAAGGAGAAAGGGAACCAGCGUUACCGGGAAGGGAAGUACCGAGAUGCUGUGAGUAGGUACCAUCGAGCUCUGCUUCAGCUGCGAGGGCUGGAUCCAAGUCUUCCCUCCCCGAUACCUAAUCUAGGACCUCAGGGCCCGGCUCUCACACCCGAACAAGAAAACAUACUGCACGCCACCCAGACAGACUGCUACAACAAUCUAGCUGCUUGUCUCCUUCAGAUGGAGCCUGUAAACUACGAACGUGUGAAAGAAUAUAGCCAGAAAGUCCUGGAACGACAGCCUGAUAAUGCCAAGGCCUUGUACCGGGCUGGGGUGGCCUUUUUCCAUCUGCAGGACUAUGACCAGGCACGGCACUACCUCCUGGCUGCUGUCAGUAGGCAGCCGAAAGAUGCCAAUGUCCGGCGGUACCUCCAGCUAACACAGUCGGAACUCAGCAGCUACCACCAGAAAGAGAAGCAGCUCUACCUGGGCAUGUUUGGUUAACAAAGAAGAAAGAUGCUUCUUCAGUUGAACUUAGGGGAACCAUUAAAGACUCAUCAAGGGGCGCCUCAGUAAGAGAAAUUAGCACAUCUCUGACCUGAGUGGACUUCUGUUUUGUUUUGUUUCCAGUUCUGUCCAAAAUCUUUACCUCUGACACACUGUGUCUUUUUUUGGUCAUCCAUCUGUAUAUUGUGGAGCUCUUAAUACCUGGCAUCCUGUGGACAUUCACCUUGAGAAUACAACCAGAAAAUCAUUCAUCAGCUUGAAUUGAUCAGGAUAGAAUUCAUCAUUCUAUUCAUCAAUUCAUCAUCUAUUCAUCAGGAUAGAAUUGAUCAUAUCCAUGACACAGGCCUUACUGGUGGAUGAGUUAGAUGUAGUUGUGUGCAGGGAAGGAGGCUAGCAGAGAGUGAGAGAGUAAGGCUAGACAGAAAGGAGUUUCUCCAUUGGUUUACUCAGAUACCCAAAGACACCGUUACACAGGCCACCAGCCAGGAAAUAUUUUUUGUGAAACCAGACAACUAUAAUUUGGAUGGACAUACCUUAAAAGAAAAGAUUUUAAAUCAGCUAUUUUUGAUUAAAUUAAUUCCUUGCUCCUAAUAUUCUACCUACAAUCAGAUUUUUUUCUCUUACAAAGUACCUGGAUCCUGCUCUUUCCCUGGGUGACUUUUCCUUGCUGUUGUUCAUACUCAGAUCAUUAAGAUACUAUACUUCUUUAUUUUUUCAUUAAAUUCUUCUAUUGUAAAACCUCAGGAAUCAAACAUUUAAGUUUUCAUUUAGUCCUCAUGCCAAAAACACCCAAGUAAACAUUUUAAUUUUGUAAUAGGUUGCAUAUCUAUGGUAUGCUUCUUUCUCUAAAAGACAUAGGAAAGACAGAUUUCAGGUUGCUAGAAAUAAUACCAUCUGUAACUUUACCUGUUUCAAGAGCUUAGUUGCUAACAGAGGAGGGAAACAAGAAUUCUCCUUCCUUAGUGCCUUCCAAACACCUGACAGAACUUUCUGGAAGCUGUAUUGGGCCUAGACAGAGGUCGCAGGUCUCAUGCAGCUAGGGUUCUGUAGGAGGCUCCAUCAACCAGGAGUUCCUUUCUUGUUCUGUUAACUGUGGUGAAUAACAUACCCAUUCAGCAGCGUGGACAAAGGUAUGGAGCGCCCCUCCUCGCAGCAGGGGAGACAGAAGCAUGUCAUCAGCCAUCACACAACCACAGAACUAUUUCAAAACAAAAGCACCACUGUAGCCUUGCCACUCGUGCUAGAGGCUCCUCUUUACCUUCCCUCUUCCAGUGAUGUAGGCCCCUCUUUGUGUCUCCCUGUACCCAUCAAUAACACAGCUACCCACUUACUGCAAGAGGUUUUCUACCAAAUAAUCUUAGGAAGACAAGGACAGAACUAACAAAGUAUACAAUACUGUAUUUCUCUUCUAAGCAGCUUAAGUUGCAAAGCCUAGCUGGUUAACAAAUUUUGUCAAGGUUUUGUUUAUUUGAGCUGGCUUUUAUUUUCUGGUUUUGUCUUCUAUUUUGUUUUUCUUUCCCGAUGAUUCAGUGUUACAGUGAGCUUUCUUGUGCAUCAAUGAGGAAAAAAAUAAAGUUGAUAUUUGAUGACAUA